CACCAUCAGUUCAUCGUUCUUCGAAAGGCACAAUGUUCCACUUCUCCAGUUCUCAGUCCACGAGCUUCUCGCUUCAGAUCCUUCAGGCGGCCAUCGUUCUGGUUUCCCUGGGUCUGGCUUAUGGGGACUACGACUACUUCUACGGGGAUGUGGCCUUUCCGGGCACUGAACUCGACUACGUCUUCACGGAUUCCAACUACAACGCCGUCUGCCCGCCCGGAGGAUAUCCUGUCUGCGCUUCCGAUGGAUACAAGUAUUAUCCUUUCAGCAGCAAGUGCCAGUUGGACAGCCAGAAUCUGAAGAGGCUCUUCGAGGGAAAGAGGGAACUGAUCCUUACGGACUUAAGCUACUGCUCCUCGUACUCCUCGGCUGGCCAGAGUCCUGCCUAUUAUCCCAAGCCCCAGGCUCCGGUUCAGUCUUAUGCCAGCCCAGUGCAGUAUCCUGCUUCCAAUCAGAACUCCUACGCUUAUGCUGCUGCCAGCGGUCCUUACGGUGCUCGGGCUGUGGCCGAGGCUCCUGGUCCCUAUCCUGUUGCUCCUCCCUCCUAUUCGAUUUCUUACUCCCAUUCCCCCGCCUCCUACCCUGCAGCUGCACCUGCCAUCUCCUAUGCUGCUCCUGCUAGAUCCUAUCCAGCUCCGGCCAGGCCCUCUCCUGGCUACUCCAAGGCCGUUCCGGCCUAUGCCGCUGUCUACAGUUACGGCCAAUCGUAUGCUGCCACCACCCAGGCGCCUUCUACAGGCUCUACUGCCGCUUCUAGCAGCACCGCCAGCUCGGCGGCCACCAGGUACCCCACUUACCCCACCCUUUAUCCCACCACCACAGUGGCAACUACUUCUGCUGCAACCACUGCUGCACCAACCACUGCUGCACCAACUACGGCUGCCACAACUACUGCUGCCACAACAACCGCUGCCACAACCACUGCUGCAACUACUACUGCUGCAACAACCACUGAUGCAACCACUACCGCUGCAACAACUACCGCUGCCACAACUACUGCUGCAACAACCACUGCUGCAACAACCACUGCUGCAACAACCACUGUUGCCACAACCACUGCAGCCACAACCACUGCAGCCACAACCACUGCUGCAACAACCACUGCUGCAACAACCACUGCUGCAACAACUACACCAUCACCCUCAGCCGGCUAAACCACCGCGAAAAAGACGAACCAAUGAAGACCCACUAGGCCGACCAGUUGAAGAAACCACCUUAACAAAAAAAUCAUAAUUUUAGCAACAAAAAACAGGCACAAAAAAAAAGAAAAAACAAUAUGUAGAGUGUUCCAUUUUAGCCACAAUAAAACAAUCAGUAAAGCUCA